AUGUCGAAUUCACCAACUACAGGCCGCGUUUUAUGCUUCUUAGGUUUCUUAAUAUUUAUUCAUGCCUCCUAUUCUACGUAUGAACAUCUCUCUUAUUUAAAGGCAGUCGAGAAAGUAGAACGAGAUUUGCCUAUUGAUAUAACAAUCGAGACAUUAGUCUCAGUGGCAGUUUUCUCGUUGGGAAUUAUACUGGUGGCGAAUCCGUUGAAGGAGAUAUUGAUGAAAACGGAAAUGGCUAAACAAACUAUCGAUAAAAUUGACACACGACCUUCUUUUAUGACGUUCAAUCAUCGUGGAAGAAUAGUGCAAUGA